AUGGCGUUUCUUCACCCUGAAUCGGCCCUUGCUGUGGCUGUUGUUGCUGCCGCUUGCUUUGGCGACGCUGCCCAAUACAUCUGGGAGGUUCCGAGCUGGUUGGCCUGCUCGCCAGCAAGCUCCACUCCGUUUGAAUGGCUGACGGAGUGGACUGAUGCGGAUGAAAUAGAGUUGAGAAGCUGCUCUGUCAAGAGCAGCUCAACUCGGAAUGAUGUGGAUGAGGUGCUGCCGCUGCUGCUGCUGGCGGAUUACAAUUCGGUGAACCCUAGUGAGUUCAUCACUGCUGAAUGGACGGAUGCGGAUGAAGCGUACCUGAGGUCUGGUGCUCUCAACCGUCGUAUUACUGAAGAUAGCUGCGAAUGGUUGACAGAAAUUUCGCAGGUGGAUCCCUCUGAAUUCAUCACCGAGUGGACGGACGCUGAUGAGGCAUAUCUGAGAGACAUGACUGUCAGGUGCUUCUCAGGACCGACUCCCAAGCCUGCAGUCAAGGCUGCAGCUCCCAAGCCAGCAGUCAAGGCUGCAGCUCCCAAGCCAGCAGUCAAGGCUGCAGCUCCCAAGCCUGCAGUCAAGGCUGCAGCUCCCAAGCCAGCAGUCAAGGCUGCAGCUCCCAAGCCAGCAGUCAAGGCUGGAGCUCCCAAGCCUGCAGUCAAGGCUGCAGCUCCCAAGCCAGCAGUCAAGGCUGCAGCUCCGAAGCCAGCAGUCAAGGCUGCAGCUCCCAAGCCAGCAGUCAAGGCUGCAGCUCCGAAGCCAGCAGUCAAGGCUGCAGCUCCCAAGCCAGCAGUCAAGGCUGCAGCUCCCAAGCCUGCAGUCAAGGCUGCAGCUCCCAAGCCUGCAGUCAAGGCUGCAGCUCCCAAGCCAGCAGUCAAGGCUGCAGCUCCCAAGCCUGCAGUCAAGGCUGCAGCUCCCAAGCCAGCAGUCAAGGCUGCAGCUCCCAAGCCUGCAGUCAAGACUGCAGCUCCCAAGCCUGCAGUCAAGGCUGCAGUUCCCAAGCUUGCAGUCAAGGCUGCAGCUCCCAAGCCUGCGGUCAAGCCUGCAGCUUGCAAGCCAGCAGUGAAAUCAACAGCAGCUCCUGCCACGGCCAGUGCCAGUGCUGCUCGUGUGGCGCCUCUGAGGCAAGCAGUGCAGAAGGGGUCGCAGGGAAGAACAAGGAGGACAAGUGGGUAA